AUGGCUAGUAAUUUUGAUACAGUGAGAGGAACCCCACCUGGGAUUUUGUUGAUUAGAAGCGUUAGAGGAAAAGAUUGGAGGUUUUCUACAUAUAGAUAUGUGGUUUUGUUUCUUACAUUUGUAGCUUAUGCUAGUUACCAUGCUUCAAGAAAACCCAGUAGUAUAGUUAAGAGUGUUUUGUAUCCUGAACCCACCAAUAAGGACAAUGGCUUGGUCCUCCCCUGGCUUGGCCAGGUGUUUGUUAAGACAAAUUAUAUGGGGAAUGCGAGUCAUCAUCGUCAUAGGUUGAUAGACAAGGGCUGGGCUCCUUUUAAUAGCAAGGACGGGACGACGAAGCUAGGUGAGAUUGAUGUUGCAUUUCUAGCAUGUUACUCUCUAGGAAUGUAUGUUGCUGGGCAUUUGGGCGAUACGCUGGACCUUCGGCUGUUCUUGACAUGCGGGAUGGUUGGGAGUGGUGUUUUCGUUGCGCUAUUUGGGAUGGGGUACUUUUGGAACAUUCAUGUGUUUGGAUUCUAUCUUGGAAUGCAAAUGGUUGCAGGGUUGUUCCAAGCAACAGGUUGGCCUUCUGUUGUUGCGGUGAUUGGGAAUUGGUUUGGAAAGGGGAAGAGGGGUUUGAUAAUGGGGAUAUGGAAUGCACAUACUUCAGUUGGGAAUAUUAGUGGCUCGCUGCUUGCUGCUGGCGUUCUGGACUAUGGUUGGGGUUGGUGUUUUAUAGUUCCUGGUGCGUUUAUUGCAUUGGCAGGAAUACUAGUUUUCUUGUUCUUGCCUGCAUAUCCUGAGGAUAUUGGAUUUUCUAGUCCACACGGUUCAGCUUCAAGUUUGGAGGCAGUUCCUGCUGAUGAAGAAGCAAAUAUGGGAAAAGGAAUUCAGGUGGAAAGUGAAACAAAUAUGUCAAGAGCUGGGUCUGUGACAAGGACAGGUGUUGGUCUUAUUGAAGCUUGUGCCAUACCAGGAGUUAUACCCUUUGCGUUAUGCCUCUUCUUUGCAAAGCUUGUAGCCUACACAUUUCUGUACUGGCUACCGUUUUAUUUAAGUCAGACAGAAAUUGGAGGAGAGUAUGUUUAUGUGAAAUCUGCUGGUAAUCUCUCUACUUUGUUUGAUGUUGGGGGCAUAGUUGGUGGAAUCCUUGCAGGCUACAUAUCCGAUAAACUUAAUGCUCGAGCUACUACAGCAGCCUGCUUCAUGUAUACUGCAAUUCCAGCAAUGCUUUUGUAUCGCAGAUAUGGGAGUAUUUCACACAAUAUCAACAUUUUGCUUAUGAUGGUUGCUGGAUUGUUUAUUAAUGGGCCCUAUGCACUUAUCACUACUGCAGUUUCUGCAGACCUUGGCACACACAGUUCGCUUAGAGGUGACUCUAGAGCACUGGCAACAGUUACUGCCAUCAUUGAUGGUACUGGAUCAGUUGGUGCUGCUUUCGGUCCUCUUCUUACUGGUUUCCUUUCAACAAUAGGAUGGGAUGCAGUAUUUGUGAUGCUAAUGGUUUGUGCUCUUAUAGCGGGGCUUCUGCUAUCACGUUUGGUUAUCUCUGAAAUUUCAGAGAAGACUUGCAAACCGCCUGUAUCCAGUGGGCGACACAAUUUUGGAGCUCCUGUGUACCAACCACUUUUAAGUGAUCAACGAUGA